GAUGCUUCAAAACUACCUGACUUUCAGAAGAUUAUCAAAUGUACAUCUGACUUUGAAACAACUUUAAAAGAGCUUAUGUUCAUUUCAUCAGAUGACAAGGAUAACAGGCUAAGCAGUUUUGUUGAAAAUGUUGAGGUUCACUUUGCCUUUAAGAAAAAGACAAAAAUCUUGGCAAAAGCUAGAAAUCUGCUCCUUGAAUGUGACUUUUCCAUUCCUCAAGAGUAUACAAGGGAUGGUUCUAUUUGGAAGAAUGAUGAAACUUCUGAUCUUUCAUCCAGCCAUGUGGUUGAUUUGCUUUUCUCAUCAGAGAAAUGUUUGGUAUCCAAAGCAGCCAAACAAUUGAUGGAACUAAUUCAUCAGACACUGCAGGAUGUCUGCCUAUCAUCUACAAGAGUUGCUUUGGAAUUUUAUAAUGCCGAUAGAGAUGCUAUACUUCUUUAUGAAGUGGUAGUCCCUGUCAAGCUAGAGAGGCAGCUUGGUAGCUUCAAUCAAGUUGCUGUUCUGAUGCAUAAUGACUGCCUUUAUCUUUCUCAAGAAAUACUUGGAUUUGCAUUUGAGUAUCGGGCAGAUUUUCCUAGUUCGAAGAAGGAGCAUGCCGUGUUUGCUGAUUUGGCCCCAAGAUUUCAGCUUUUGGCAGAAGAAAUAUUGCAGAGACAAGUUCACCUUGUUAUUUAUAACUUGAAGGAGGCUAUAGACAGUGCUGAUGGAUUUCAGAAUACUCAUCAAAUGCAUCAAUUUGAGUCUGCUAAAUUCAGCAUUAAUUAGGUUGUUUUCAUUCUGGAAAAAGUUCAUAUCAUAGGGGAACCAUUUUUGCUUCCUUCAACUUACAGGAAAAGCA